UUCAUGCACCUUCAGUGUCAACAACUAUAAAUACCUGAAUCUCCAUGCAAUGGUCUCUUAACACAAUCACAAUCCUCUCAGCUCAUAUCAUAUACUAUAUUUUUAUCCAGAAAUCAGUUACAUUUUCAUAUCUUCGUGUCCGAAAAUUCUUUAAUCUAUAGCAUCACACUAUAAAUGGCUGUGAAAUUAGUAGCAGUUAUAGCUCUGCUCCUUGCUACUUCUGCUCUUAUAUCUGGGACCAGAAUUGCAAGGAAAGACUUGGGUGUGGAUCUUGGUGGUGUGGGAGUUGGCGCUGGAGCAGCAGGGGUAGGCUUGGGAUUAGGAGGCGGUGGUAGUGGCUCAGGGUCUGGAUCCGGAUCUGGGUCAGGAUCAGGUUCGGGUUCCAGUUCUGGGUCUGGAGCAGGCUCUGAAGCGGGUUCGUAUGCUGGGUCUAGAGCCGGGUCUGGAUCAGGAUCAGGAAGUAACCAAGGACGUGGAUCGGGCCAAGGCCGUGGGAGUGGGAGUGGGAGUGGGAGUGGUUCGGGUUCUGGGUCUGGAUCCGGACACGGUGAGGGAUAUGGUCAAGGGUCUGGCAGGGGAAGCGGAUCCGGAAAUGGAUCUGGUUAUGGUGAAGGCUAUGGGGAAGGUUAUGGUGAGGGGAGUGGUGGCAACUGAGAACAUGCAUCCACCGUAUCUAAGGAAAAAUGAGAGUUAAAAAUGAAGUGUCACCAUUUUGUAUCUAAAUAAAUAUUGGUGGACUGACUAUGAGUGAUGUGUUUUAGUUCCUUUUCAUACGUGGACUUUUAGUUCCCCAGUCUUUCUUGUGUUGUAUUAAUUCUCUAUUCUUAUUAGAAAUACUACUACUACUUCAAUUGCAUUA